AUGAGGCUUGCUGCUGGUAAGGUCGCGGAGUGCCCCUUCAGUGACAAACUGGUCAAUGAGGGUCGGGAGCUAUUAUUUCUGGCCUUGGAGUACGCCGGUGCGACACUGCCGGUACGCGAAAGGCCUGAGGGCCAGCCUCUCUUUCUAGCGGCAAUUGAAGAAGUCCUUCGCAUCUCCAGAGACCCGGACUACGCUGCGUUUUACACAUCUGAUCAUUCGUUUGCCAAGGGUGUCAAACUGGGCGUUGAUGUCGAGUUGCCGAGAGUACAAGCACAGUUUCAGGAAGAAGAAAAAUUGGGUGCCAUGAUCCAGCUCCCUAUGCAAGAAGCGUCGAAGAGGUAUGGUGAGAGAUUGCGUUUCGCGUCGCUGGGGGCGAUUGAGAAAAAGGAUGGCACGUAUCGCGUGACGCAUGAUGCUACGCACGGCGUCGGCGUCAACUCCGCAAUCCAGCUGAAGGAUCAAGUUCGUUAUCCCACGGCAGGGGACCUACGCACAGCGAUCAUGAUUUUGCCGCGGGCAUUCUUCGGGCUGACGGGCGAUGUCAAGCGAGCGCAUCGUUUGGUGAAGCUGGCGGAGGAGGAUUGGGGAUACACCGCCUGCCGGACUGGAGCGCAAAGCAAGGACAUGCUGUGGUUGAACACUGUAGGCACUUUCGGUGUGAGCAGCAUCGCGUUCCACUGGUGUCGCCUGAUGGGCGGUAUGGGCAGAGCAGCGUACUACUUGAUCGCGUGUCUCGAGGUUCUGCGCAUGGUGUACUCGGAUGAUCUUUUCUGGGUCACGCAGGAUACAGCCAAUGGCGUCGACUAUAUAGUUCUGCAAGUCUUUUUCUACGUCAUUCUGGGAGUGCCCUUCUCUUGGAAGAAGUUUUGCGGCGGGGUAGAGUUUUCGUGGGUCGGUUUCACUCUUUCCAUCAAAAAGCGUGCGCUGGGUAUCUCUGCGUCGCGUGCUUCCUGGCUUGUCAGCUGGUUACGCAAAACGGCGUGUGAGAAAUGGGUAAAGAUCGCAGAUCUGCAGGCAGUCAUGGGCAGGCUCUCAUUUGCUUUGACAGCCUUGGGCCACUUGAGGCCUUUCUUGGGGCCGUUGUACGCAUGGCUGGCGGUAGCGAGAGCGCAGCGGGUUGGACAGCUGCCCAAAGCGGUCGUAUACAUCAUGCUCUUCCUCGCGUCGGCUUUGGAGGGACACGGGCGCCUGCUGCCAGUGUGGGACGUUUGCCCGCCUCGGAGCGUGAGCUGUUCCGAACAGAUGCGCACGCGGAAGGCAAUGAGAUCUGGGUCGGCGGGUGGGCGUUAG